AUGGGGACACAGGCAGGGGAAAUUCGAGCUCUCAUCCGGUCCUCGGAUCUGCACCCAGUAGAACAUGCGAUCCUGACUGAUUUCUUCCUCGGCGCCGCAAGUGACCAAGACGCGGCCAUGCACGAAAUCCGCCGGCGAGUCCUUGCAAGUCCCAGCGAGCCUAUUGAGCGCGUGUUGCGCCAGUUAAAAACCGAUUGGCGCAGUGUAGCCUCCGCAGCUCUGGAGCAGAAUCCCGUCGGCGACAGGCUCACUGCCUUGCUUAUGCGCCGAGAUCAGGAGCGCUGUUGUAUCAGCCCCCCGCAUUGUCCGCCGCUCAAAGCUCCCAGCCCAGACUACAUUCUGUCGCCCGGCCUCGAGCCUCUCCUCCGCCCGGAGAGCCACGACCCGCAAGCCAAGCUCCUGCAGGCCUUUAUCGCACCCAAGAAUGUCGCGUACCUGCGCACCGUGCUAGGCGAGAGCGAAACCAAUACGAGCAAUGCGUGGCUCCUAUCGCCCGGCCUGGGCGCGGCUAUGCGUCGUCACAAGUUGACUCUACAAGAGUUGACUGGUCUACCACGCCGUGCCCUGGAGCCCAUCAACAUGGCAGUGAUCAAAGAAAUGCGGUUUGGCGCAUUCUCCUAUGACUCUACCUUGCAAUGUUGCGACGGAAGCCCCUUGCCACAAGACCGGAUGAACCUCGUCAGGCUCAAAACAGACUCGCCCGAGCUUCCACUGCCGUCCCCGUAUCUUCUACAACUACAAAGGGCAUUUGCAGAGACCCUCGAACAGUUUUCCGUCGAGGAGGAAUGCUUGAAGCCAUGGCCAGUACGCCAAACAGCCAAAUUCUGGAAUCGAGGUUGGCUCUUAUUCUUUCGCCGCCUCUGGCACUUUGUGCCCCGAUUCAUUCGAACCUAUGUCUAUAGAAUGCUUAUUUCAUCUGAAAAAGGAAGACUCGUACAGAUAUACAAGUCACAGUCUGCUGGGCUAAUUGCGAAAAUAGAUGGGGGGAAUGAGGCGGCAGCUCUUGCGCUUCUGGAACGAGAAGCACCCGGCGUGCCGGCACCCCUACUUAUAGACACGUAUACCGACGAAGGCAAUGAUGUUGUCAUCAUGACACAAGUACCAGGCCAACGGACUUUGGAUGUUCUUUUUCGCAUGACAUAUCAAGAGCGCCGUCAGCUUGCCGACGACUUGGGCAAAGCAGUUGCGCAGCUGCGACGCGUUCCCAACCGCUCCGGGUAUUUGUUCACUGGAGUAGCGAGGAAUCGCAACCAAGGAGCCCGAAUAUGCGAUGCCGUUGUUGGCGAUCAAGCAUGCGGCCCUUUUCAUAGCGAAGACGAGUGGAAUCUCUCCAUGACGGGCGGCGAGAUUCAGUCGUGGCGCUUGAGACAUCCUGAGGCACUUUCGUCGCCUAAACAUGGAUCUGUCUUUACUCACGCUGACCUACACCUAAAUAACAUUCUUGUUGAUGGAGGCCAGUUCUCUGGCAUUGUUGACUGGGAGAUAUCAGGGUUUUAUCCGGAAUACUGGGAAAAUGCCAAGGGUAUGAAUGCCGGCUUAAAUUGCGAAGAGUCUCAACCGAUACACAACAUAAUCUGGAAAGAUAAAUACAAGGCUGAAUGCGACUUAGUGGCGGCUCUUAUGGCUGCCUUCCCUUGGGGGCCACCACGCAUUCAGGCGGUAUGA